CACUGGUUCUGGUGCUUGGAGACACUCCCCCUUUCCCCACACUCUCUAUCAAUGUUAUGUUAUUUUACUCCUACUCCCUUUCUUUUCUCUUAUUAUUAAAACAACAAAACCUACAUGUUACUUUUUUUUUUAUUCCUUGAAUCUCUUGAUCCAUGUCCUUGUUCCCCAAAGCCCUAAAUGCCUCUCUAGGGCUCCAAUCUCUUCCCCUCUCUAGCUUGGUGCUUGGAUUUGACAGCUUUUUCCCACAGCAGAGACAUAAGGGCCAUUUUGGAGGUGCUCUUUGCUGAAGGGUGGAUUUGCUGUUUGCAUUUGGUGAAUGGUGGUUUUGCAUGUUGGUUGAGUUGAAUUCUGGGUUUUAGUUGGAUAACUUUUCGUUUCUAGUUUUGAGCUUCUGUGUGUGGGAUUUUGAGUAUGGCAAAUUGGUCAUUAUUGGCAUAAAGGAUGAGAAUUGUGUUGUAAGAAUGCAAGAUUUUUGAGGGUGUGAAUUUGGUUGUGAAGGAGGGCCUUGUUGUGGGUGGUUUGGGGCACAAUGGGUUGCAUGUAUUGCAAGCCCUCUGCAAUUGAGGAUAGCAAGGAGAGCCCCAGAGAGCGAUUGUCCAACAAGGCAGCAUCAGACUCGCGGGCGGCGAGGGUGGCUUCCUCAAGGAGAGAGGAAGCUUAUCGAGCAAAAGAUCGAAAUGAUAGCAAUGACGGGAGAGCAAUGUUGAUUGAUAAGCACUCAAAUGGGGCCGCUCGAUCACAUGGUGACAAUUAUCAGAGGAAGAGGGAGAAAAUGGAGUAUGUUGCUCCUCUACAUCCCGGGAUGGGCAGCAUUCCGAAAGCUGCAGAAGGAGAACAGGUCGCAGCAGGGUGGCCAUCCUGGCUAGCUGGAGUGGCUGGAGAGGCCAUUAAGGGGUGGAUACCACGUCGUGCAGAUUCAUUUGAGAAGCUAGACAAAAUUGGUCAGGGAACAUAUAGCAACGUCUAUAGGGCUCGUGAUCUUGAUCAAAAGAAAAUUGUAGCGUUGAAGAAAGUGAGGUUUGAUAACUCAGAGCCCGAGAGUGUUCGCUUUAUGGCAAGGGAAAUUCUCAUCUUACGGAGGCUUGAUCAUCAAAAUGUGAUAAAACUAGAAGGUCUAGUUACGUCAAGGAUGUCUUGCAGCUUGUACCUUGUUUUUGAGUACAUGGAGCAUGAUUUGGCGGGGCUUGCUUUACACCCUGGCCUGAAAUUUACAGAAGCACAGGUUAAAUGUUACAUGCAGCAACUAUUAUGUGGACUUGAUCACUGUCACAGUCGUGGGGUUCUGCAUCGUGACAUUAAAGGUUCCAACCUUUUAAUUGACAACAGUGGCAUGUUGAAAAUAGCUGACUUUGGUCUGGCGAGUAUUUUUGAUCCCCAUCAAAAUCAGCCUCUAACUAGCCGUGUUGUAACUCUUUGGUACCGACCGCCUGAGCUUUUACUCGGUGCUACUUACUAUGGGACUGCCGUUGAUCUGUGGAGUACAGGUUGCAUACUCGCUGAACUCUAUGCUGGCAAACCUAUUAUGCCGGGAAGAACCGAGGUGGAGCAGUUGCAUAAGAUUUUCAAGCUUUGCGGCUCACCUUCUGAGGAUUAUUGGAGAAAAUCAAAGUUGCCUCAUGCAACCAUAUUUAAACCUCAACAGCCUUAUAGACGCUGUGUUGCAGAAACUUUUAAGGAUUUCCCUGUACCAGCUUUAGCACUUAUGGACACCCUUCUUUCCAUAGACCCUGCGGAUCGUGGAUCUGCAUCUUCUGCUCUCAAGAGUGAGUUCUUUACUACAAAACCUCUGCCUUGUGAUCCGUCAAGUUUACCAAAGUAUCCUCCCAGCAAAGAGUUUGAUGUUAAAGUACGGGAUGAGGAAGCUAGAAGACAAGGAGCAGCAGGCAAGGGCCAAAGGCCUGACCCUGAAAGAAGAGGAACAAGAGAUUCUCGAGCCAUGCCAGCACCUGAUGCCAAUGCUGAAUUAGUCAUGUCAAUGCAGAAAAGACAAGAUCAAUCUAAUUCUAAAAGUCGAAGUGAGAAGUUUAACCCUCAUCCAGAAGAAGUUGCUUCUGGCUUUCCAAUUGAUCCUCCUAGGCCAUCACAUGCUGUAGAAGCGGGUAUAGAAUCUCAUGGCCAUAAUCAUAAGAGAGCUUCCCAUUCAGGGCCACUGUCGCAUCGCGCGGCAUGGGCGAAGUCUACGAAGAACCCAGAUGACGCCCCAAAGAUUUCAAAUGGGGCUGACUUGUCGGGAAUGUCAGGUUUAGUGGCAGCGAGGAGAAGUAUGUUGACUGAGGAACGCAGAAAAAGGUCUAAUUCUUCCCAAAUGGAUGUUCCAAAAGCAAUAGGCCGGUUUCCAGGUUCAUUCAAGGAGGCCUCAGAUCCUUUACCACAUGAGCAAAAGCCUGUUGUAGGUUCUAAUAGAAAAGAUGAUGUCAGAAGCAACAAAGAUCCAAUUAUGGUUGGUUAUGGAUCAAAGGGUCACAAAAUUCACUACUCAGGUCCGUUGUUAGUCCCCUCUGGCAACAUGGAUCAGAUGCUGAAAGACCAUGAUCUCCAGGUCCAAGAAGCUGUUAGACGAGCACGAAUUGACAAGGCAAAGGUCCGAAAAUAUCAGGCUGAAGGCAACCAAAUAUCCACCAAUUCGUUAUUUGUUUCUGGUCGAUGAGCCAGGUUUUAGUAGACCCCAAAAUCUGAGCAUCAGGAAAUUCACGGCAGAAUAAUUGCUGGUUCUCUUGUGACCUAGUUAUUUAUUGGGGGGAGGUUGUUUUUUCUUUUGUAUAGGGGGGGGGGGGGGGGGGGGGGGGGGCACUCAGUGGAAGAAUAGCCAAUAUCCAUCUAAAAUUGACUUUAUAGCUUUAGAACUCUCCUGUAUCUUUUUUCCACUUUGCUACUCAAGUCAAAUAUGGCCCAUUCUUGUACAGCUUUUUACAAGCCAUAAGCUGUGGAGUAUGUGGGAAAUAUGAAAUGUCUUUCGGGAUUGAAAUUAAGUUGCCCAGAUAUGUCCUACUUAGUGAUAAUUUAAUCUUUAUUUAUUCA